GGGACUCUUUGGCAUAACUAUAAACACCAGUAGUAGGCCCAUUGCAACGACGUAUACACGAGGACCGAGCGGAGUGGCUCAGGAAACCAGGGUAAACCAUGGUAGAGUUGAGGUGUCACGUAGGAUGCUAUAUAAGAGCUCUCUGUCGCCGAGUAGGAGGCGCAGGCUGCAUGUUUCCACAGCGGUGCCAAGGAACCUUCGUAACUCGUAUUAGAUUGCCCGUUUCCCAUCCGAUCGACACGACGACCAUUACCCCUCCAUAUUUCGAAAUAUUCUGCUCCGAAGCAGCCAUCGACAAUGAAGCUCCUCAUCCAGAGCGCAGCUAGCCUCUCCCGCAGACCCGGGUGCCUUCUCCAUCAUCGCGCGGGGCGACCUCGGGUGGAGUUUGGUAGCAAACCAGCCCAGCACCUCGGUGCGGGUACCCCGCUCCAGCAUAAUAGCAGCUACUCGUCCGCCGCCGCGCAGGCGGGCGAAGAGAAGCCGACCGGGCAGAAGCGCAGCGUCAUCGUGACGGGAGCGUCGCGCGGGAUCGGCCGGGCGGUCGCCGUGCGGCUCGCCAGGGACGGGUACGACGUGUGCGUCAACGACAUCCCGGCGCAGGCGGCGGCGUGCGAGGAGGUGGCGGCGGAGAUCCGCAGCCUCGGCCGCCAAGCGCACGUCGGCAUCGCGGACGUGUCGAGCCGCGACCAGGUGCGGGAGCUGGUGCAGUCGAGCGUCCAGAACCUGGGCCCGCUGAGCACGAUGAUCGCCAACGCGGGGAUCCUGCAGGUGAAGCCGCUGCUGGAGCUGACGGAGGCGGACUUCGCGCGGGUGUUCGCGGUGAACGUGUACGGGGUGCACAACUGCUUCGCGGAGGCGGGGGCGCAGAUGAUCCGGCAGGGCGACCGCGGGCCGGCGCGGCCGGGCAAGCUGCUGGCGGCGUCGUCGAUCGCCGGGUUCCGCCCGUUCGCGCUGCUGCCGCACUACUGCGUCAGCAAGUGGGCGGUGCGCGGCCUGACGCAGGCGUACGCGGCCGAGCUCGGCCCGCACCACAUCACGGCCAACUCGUACGCGCCCGGCAUCAUCAGCACCCCGAUGUGGGAGCAGAUCGACGCCGGGAUCUCGCGCCGCCUCGGCAGCACCCCCGGCGACGCUAUGGCCGGCGAGGUCCGCGGGACCGCUCUCCGCCGCGCCGGCGCCCCCGACGACGUCGUCGGCCUCGUCAGCUUCCUCGCCAGCCCCGCCAGCGACUUCAUCACCGGCCAGACGCAGAUCGUCGACGGCGGCAUCGUCUUCACCUAGGCGGCGUGGCUGAGGUGUGAGGGUGUGAGGGGGGGGACGGAGAUGAGGUUGAUGCUUUGUAUACGCGAAGACGGUUGUCCUUGAUUCUUCAGGGAGCAUGGGGAGUGCUAAAUAACCCGUCACAGAGAUUCCCGCGCUUGGGGGGCAUGUUCGUGACUCCGCCCCGACUUUGCGAAAUGAGCUGCUUUGCUCUCUGGUAAGAAGUGUCUCCCAUCUGUUGAUAGUACACGACGAAAUGAAGUUAAAACGUAAAAAAAUAAAUUUGGAUGGAUACUAGGAGGUUCGUAAAGCUCAGUGAUAUCUACAUAAUAGCAGCUCAAAAUAUAUCGCAAGCCACACGUCUGCAUCUCGCCGCAACGUGUCUAUAUGACACGCGACUCGUGGUAUGACAGGCGUGGGGUUUCCCGUCUCGGAUUCACAGCCCAUUACUACCUACGUCGAGCGAUUCUCC